AUGCCUUUUGUUAUGGUUUCCGAUUUGAUUUUGAACAGGACAUGGAAUGCCGAGUUAAUUCGGACUCAUUUUCAGCAGCAUGAUUCUGACAACAUUUUGCGUAUUCCUUUAUCGCUUAGGGAAUGCGAUGAUGAUUGGUGCUGGGCUUUAAAUCGAAAGGGUGAGUAUGUUGUGAAGGAAGGCUAUCGUGUGGCAAUGGAGGAUAAUCUUGCUGCUAUAUCUGAUCAUAGUUUUCUGUGGCAUCUCAUCUGGAAAGUUGUUGUUCCAGCUAAGGUAAAGCUUCUCAUUUGGCGUAUUUUACGAAAUGCUUUGCUUUGUAAACAUAAUCUUCGAGUUCGUCAUGUGGAUAUUGAUAAGUGUUGUCCUAUUUGUGGUGUUGGUCUGGAAACAGACUUUCAUGUUCUCUAUGAUUGCUCUUUUGCAAAAUCUUGUUGGUUGCUGUCAAAUUUAGGUUGGGUAUCCUUUUCUUCUCUCAACACUAUGUUGUCCUAUGUUCUUACUUCUUUGUCUAUGUCUCAACGUGAAGAGGUUUUUAUGUUGAUAUGGAGCUUGUGGACACACCGUAAUGAUGUUGUGUGGAAUCAGAUUUUUCAGCAGCCUAUUUACGUGGUUAAUAGGGCUAGAGCAGGGUUGGAAGAAUGGCAGCUCGCUCGAUUACAUUUUAGAGUUUCAGAUUCUUGUACAAAACCACUAGCUGCAGCAGUUUGGCAACCUCCUCCCCUUGGACAUUAUAAAUGCAAUAUAGACAUUUCAGUACAGACUAAUGGUUCAUAUGGGUUGGGUAUGGUGGUCCGAAAUUCAUUGGGAUACUGUUGUGAAGGUCAACAUAUGGUCGUGCCUGGUUUAAUGGAUCCUCUAUUGGGUGAAGUGUUAUGUUUUAGGGAGGCAUUGAGUUGGUUGAAGUCUAAAAAUUAUUUUCCGGUUUGUGUGGAGACGGAUUGUGAGCUGGUUGUUAACGCUUUGAAUUCUCCACACUCUGAUUCUUCAUAUUUUGAGUUGAUGAUUAAUGAUUGUAAGGCUCUUCUUCAUGAGCUGCAGUAUGUUUCGUUUGCUUUUAUUAGGAGAUCAGCGAAUCAAGUUGCUCAUACAAUUGUAAGGGCGGCUGGUUCUUUUUCUGAUUUUGAUUGGGGGAUAUGCCAUCCUUUAUUCUUGUACGACGCAUUAUCCUUUAUAUUAAUAAUAUGA